CUUCUUCUUCCUCUCUCUGUCUCCCACUAAUAGCAUUUAAAAUUUUCAAUUUUGCCCCUCGCCGCCGGUAAUGCCGCCGCCGCCCACGAUGAUGUUAGUGAACUGCGCCCACUGCCGCACCCCGUUGCAGCUGCCGGCGGGGGCGAGAUCGAUAAGGUGCGCGAUAUGCCAAGGCGUGACACAGAUCGCCGACCCGCGCGCCGUUGCUCCUCCUCCUCGCGCGGAUCACGCGCCGCCUCCGCAGCCGCAGCUGCCUGCUCUGUCACCGUACAACCACGCGCCUCCGGGGCCUCCGCCCUCGGCUCACGGCCGCAAGAAAGCUUUGAUCUGCGGCAUAUCGUAUCGGUAUUCGAGGCACGAGCUCAAGGGUUGUAUCAAUGAUGCCAAGUGUAUGAAGUAUCUUUUGAUGAAUAAGUUUCAGUUUCCUGAAUCUUCAAUUCUUAUGCUUACUGAAGAGGAAACUGACCCCUAUAGAAUUCCAAAUAAACAAAACUUGAGGAUGGCGUUAUAUUGGCUUGUGCAAGGCUGUCAACCGGGUGACUCCCUGCUGUUUCACUAUUCUGGCCAUGGUUCACGACAAAGAAAUUAUAAUGGUGAUGAAGUUGAUGGAUAUGAUGAAACUUUAUGUCCUCUGGAUUUUGAAACUCAAGGUAUGAUUGUUGACGAUGAGAUCAAUGCCACAAUUGUCAGACCUCUUCCUCAUGGGGUUAAGCUUCAUGCAAUAAUAGAUGCCUGCCAUAGUGGCACCAUUUUGGAUUUACCAUUCCUUUGCAGAAUGAGCAGGAGUGGACAGUAUAUAUGGGAGGACCAUCGCCCUCAAUCAGGUGUAUGGAAAGGAACAAAUGGUGGAGAAGUCAUUUCCUUUAGUGGUUGUGAUGAUGAUCAAACAUCUGCUGAUACAUCUGCAUUAUCACAAAUUACAUCAACUGGUGCUAUGACUUUCUGUUUCAUCCAAGCAAUUGAGCAGGGGCACGCAGCUACAUAUGGAAGCGUCCUAAAUGCAAUGCGCUCUGCCAUCCGAAGUGCAGGAAAUGGCGUUGGUGGUGGUGGUGGUGGUGGUGGUGCUGUGACAUCUCUCAUUUCGAUGCUUUUGACUGGAGGCAGUGUCAGCGGUGGCUUGAGACAGGAGCCACAAUUGACAGCCUGCCAGCCAUUUGAUGUGUAUACAAAACCAUUCUCCCUAUGAUUAUUCAUGUGUGUGUAGCGGUUGAAUAAAGUCGAACAGAGAUUAUACUGUGAGAUGACUUUCUUCUUUGUUUUCAUUACUUAUUUAUAGCUUGGUGAACUUGAUCAAAUUGUAAAUGGUGGUGGCACAAGAUUUGGAUCAGUUACUCCCAUAAUAUUGUACAUGGCUUCUUGAAUUCUCACAUUUUUCCAUUUUGUAGUUGUUCUUCUCUUUGAAAAUAUAAUAGAAACUAGAUUCAGACAA